UUGAUAGGUGCCGGUGUUCGUCGUCGGUGCUACGAGCUCUUCAAGAAAACCUACCCCGAUUCUUAUCAGGACAUCCUCAAUACCUACGAGGAACUCAACAUGCUGUCUGAUGCUCCUCAAACAAUUGCACAGCACACGCAAACAUUCCAGAAGCUCUACAGGAGGGUAGGAAGUAUUCUUGAUGGAGCUGCGGCCAGGCAAGGUUUUGAGGCCGCUCUCGUUAUGUGUGGUAAUAUUGUCAAUGAAGACUCAUCACUCGGCCAUGUUCACAUGACACCCAGUGCUGGUGGCUUCUUUGAGAAGCGCUGCCGAGCCAGUAAUGAUGCCAUCAUUGGGCAUAUGAAAGCCCAUGUAUACAACACCACCUCGCUUGCUGCCGUGGAACAGGCCUUCAAGGCCACC